GGAGAAGAAGAUCAUGAUAGUGUGAAACCAAACUUACUGGUUACACGUCAUAUUUAUAACGGAAAAUGAACUUAAUCCGGAUAACUCGUUUUAAUUCCUUAUUUGUGAAAAAAAUCCGAAUCACAUCAUGUUUUACCAUACAGCCGUCGAAUAUGUUUCUUGGUAGGAUCAUGAUAGUGUGAAACCAAACUUACUGGUUACACGUCAUAUUUAUAACGGAAAAUGAACUUAAUCCGGAUAACUCGUUUUAAUUCCUUAUUUGUGAAAAAAAUCCGAAUCACAUCAUGUUUUACCAUACAGCCGUCGAAUAUGUUUCUUGGCUGUCAGAAAUCGAGCAUUCACACUUCAGUGAAGAAAUCAAAAACGAUCAAAGAGAUGAGGGAGCUUAAGCGCAAUAAAGGUGUCGUGAAACCUGUUUUCGAAAAAGACAACGUGCCAUCUUCCGUAAGAGCUUUUUUGAAAAACAGGAAGUCUGACAAUUCUACAGUUAACACAAAUACUGUGAAAGAAGAACUGACACUGGAAAGACUUAAAGAUAACCUUCGGUCUAUUCAGUGGGAUACGAAUGCUAUCAUUAAAAAGGCGAAAGAAUCAGCAAGUCCUGAUGAUCACCAAAUACUUGUGAAUGAUGAAAAUCUUGACGGAUUUACAGAAACCAUUGACCUUGACGAGAAAAAACAUGUGAAGAGACGCAGAAAGAAAAGCAAAGUUACUGAAUCAAGGACGCAACCUGAUCCCAACAUGCCAGUAUCAGAUAUUCCUUGUAAAGGAUGUGGUGCCAAAUUGCACUGUCAGCAAUCUUCGUUAGCAGGCUAUAUAUGUAGCACAAAGUUCAAAUCGUCUACCAUCGAGGAGCUCAAUGACACAUUAUGUGAAAGAUGCUAUUUAUUACGGAGACGAAAGCUGACUCUUAAAGUUGAACUUGAUGAGGAACUAUUUCCAAAGUUGUUUGAAACUAUACGGUCAGAAAGGUGUUUGGUUUUGUUAGUUCUUGACUUACUCGACAUCCGUAAUAGUAUUCCGAAGAACUUAGUAGAUCUUAUCGGACCAAAUAAGGAUUUAUACAUUUUAGGUAGUAAGGUUGAUAUGAUUCCGAAAGAUGGGGAUGGCUUCCUUGAGAGGGUGGAAUCUGAGCUUCUGAGUGCCUGUAUGGAUGCAGGCAUUAAUGUACAUGGUAGCCAUGUUCAACAUAUAGCACUUAUCAGCAGCCUUACUGGUUAUGGCAUUGAAAAUCUUGUUACAAAACUUAUGACUGAUUGGGGGUUGAAAGGAAAUGUUUAUUUGGUUGGACACGUGAAUGCUGGAAAGUCAACAUUAUUUAAUGCUCUUCUGCGGUCUGACUACUGUAAAUUUUCAGCCCGAACUGGAGUUUCAAGAGCAACUGUUGCUGACUGGCCAGGAACAACUGCAAACAUUCUGAAGUUUCCCAUUACUCGCCCGAUGGGAUGGAAGCUAGCCAAGCGUGCUGAGAGGUUUGGGAAACAAAGAAGUAGCUACCAGAAGGAAUUAGCACUAAGGCGUUCCAAGGCACUGAAAGGAAAUUGGAAAUAUGCUUCUGUGGCAGACAUCGUAGGCACCACAGAUUUACGGGAAGAUAAAGACAUAAAAAACGCUUACAGAGAGAUGGACCAAUACAAAGGCUAUGAUUCUCCAACGUACGAAUACUCGGCUGAUAAAGUGCUUGUCAAAAAAAGAGAUGUUCCUGGCCAGGAAAAGAUCAAAUUUGACCCGAAGAAGUAUGAAAGAUCAACAUGGCUGUGUGAUACUCCGGGAAUCGGAAACAAAGAGUCGGUGCUGUCCUUUCUACAGCCAGACGAACUCAGUGCCAUCAUCCCCUCAAAUAUAAUGAUGCCGCGUCCCUUCCUUCUCAAACCAGGAGAGACCUUGUUUGUUACCGGGUUGGGGAGGGUCGACUACCUAGAGGGAAAUUCCCAAGUGUUGAUCACAACUUUUGUGGACUCACAGCUUCCAGUGGUUGACUGUACAAUGGCUGAGGCAGACAAAAUAUAUGAGGAAAAUAUAGGCAAAGACCUUUUCAAGGUACCGAUAGGUGACCAGGAUAGGCUAAGUAAAAUCCCUGCUCUUGUUGGCGAAGAAUUUACAAUUCAGAGGACAGAUUACGAGACGGCAGCUGCGGACAUACAGUUAUCCUCUCUUGGUUGGGUGUCUGUGACAGUCCUGUUUGGUCAGGAAGGAGAUGCAGUCAGAUUGAAGGCUUACACUCCAGGAGGAAAAGGACUCUAUAUGCGCUGUCCCGCCAUCCUUCCCCACACUCACACAUUCAAGGGUACUCGGAUUAAACGGACGCGGAGAUAUCGGAGACGUAAACCAUUCGUGUGAUAGCAUUGAUAAACGUAGCCAGGAAUAUUAUCCGAUAGUAAAAACCCUGAAAUGCUUGAUCAAACAUUUCACAGAAUAUCACACGUACAAGAGGUUUCAAAAAUUUUGAAAAGUUAUGAAUGAACUCUGAACUAAAGUGAUUAUUUUAUAUAAAAAUAAUCUUUUUACCUUUAGUCUAGUAUUUUGGAGAAGUUUUAGUAUUUGAAUUUGUUUCUAGCUUGCUGGGACAAAGUCCCCAGGGUCUGCUUCCAUAGAACACAACCCAGGUUCUUUAGCUCCAUGGAAGCCUCUCAAACUCCUGCAGCUUUUUCUUUGAGUGGUCAAUGGCAACAAAUCUGUAAUAGGAAGGAGAAUCGAAAAAUAACCUGCCUACGCUAGGGCUCGAACUAGCGACCAUUCCCCAUCUAGGCAUGCAUCAUACAAUGAACUAGCCCUGAGCUAGUAAGGUGACCUUAUACUCUAUACGUUUACAACGUAAUGUAACAGUAUUGCCUAUGACAUGGCCGUAUGGUAGACCAGGUCAGUUAUGUGAUAAAAUCAGCUCUUACAUAAAGAAAAUUAUUUUUCUGAAGUGGAAUUUCUGAACAUUUUCGAAAGUAUACUGUGUUAUGAUAGUAAGUGCUGUAUUUUAUACUCUGAUGAGUAAAUUGAUUAUAUUGAGUCUUAUUUUACUGAAACUUUUAUAUCUUAUGCAUUUUAAGUAAAUAAGAUGUGAAGGAAUAAAAUGUCUGAAAAGA